AUGUCCUCUCAUAGCGGCUGCAGGUCAGGAAGUGGCCACAAGAAAAUCUUCGCCAAAAACUCAGCGAAGCUUCAGUCUAGGCGGAAGACUCGUAAAAGGAUUUUGUUGGAUGGAACAAUUUUCGCAUCUUGGGUUUCUGCGAGGAUCAAGUGCGGAUAUGACAACGAUUUUUUUUUGACAACUUUUUUAUUGUUAGGAGGCAGGUCCCCAUCAGCCUCUGGCUGCCUACUCCAACCAGCGUUCACAGAUAAAGUAUGUUUACAUGUAUGUCUGUCCAUGUCUAUUUUUUAACUCUUGACAUCUGCAUUAGCCCAGAUAGAGAGUAAAGUCCCUCUUUUCUUUGUUUUUGAAAAAGUAGAUUGGAAUCGCGAACUUAAUAAUCAAUAAAGUUCAAUUUUAAUUCAAUGGAAUUCAGUAUCAAUUCAAUUUCAAUUUGACAAUGAAAUUCCAGGUCAAUUGAAUGAUGAUGAUGAUGAUGAUGAUGAUGAUGAUGAUGAUGAUGAUGAACUUUAUUCAUGUGACGAUGUAUUUAGCUGACACUAAUUGGGGACACAACAUAAAAAUAUAAUAAAUAUUGAAUAACAUGAUAUAUAAAAGAUAAGACAAAUUCAAUGUCAAUUCAAUGAAGUUCAAUUUCAAUUCAAUGAAAUUCAAUGUCAGUUCAAUGAAUUUCAAUGUCGUCUCAAUCAAUUAACUGCAAAGCAUCAAGGUUCUUACAAAGCAUCGUAGAUCUUACAUACGGAAAUCACGCUCUUCCAGCUCUUCUCGCCAUUUGCAGAGAAAUUCAAUGUCAGUUCAAUGAAUUUCAAUGUCGUCUCAAUCAAUAAACUGCAAAGCAUCAAGGUUCUUACAAAGCAUCGUAGAUCUUACAUACGGAAAUCACGCUCUUCCAGCUCUUCUCGCCAUUUGCAGGUAAAAUGGAGAAGCAGCUUCGAAGUCUUGCCGCUUUCUUAGGUGAAUGCUCUAGAAUAGUUUCCCAGGUCUUGGAUAGUAGUGAUUCAAGUUCAAAUGGCAACAUGACACGGGUUUACCAGCAAAUAGCAGGAGAACAGCCAGCAAUGUUUCAAGUGCAGUCUCGAGAAUGA